AUGGGGAAGAAGAAGAUAAGCAGCAGCAAGGGGGCCCCACACUCCCUCGAUACCCUAGGGGCCCCCAAGAGGGCCCCCCCUUCAGAUAGUGCUGGAGAAGAGGAAGAGGACCAACAGCAGCAGCAGCAGCAGCAGCAUGCAGCAGCAGCAGCAGCAGCAGCAGGAGAGGAGGAGGAUGUAGAUCUAUCUGAUGGUUGUUUAGAUCUUGAUGGUUCUUCUUCUGAUGAAGAAGGUAAGGACAAAUCCUCUAAGAAACAGCAGCAGCAGCAGCAGCAACAGCAGCAGCAGCAGCAGCAACAGCAGCAGCAGCAGCAGAAGCAGCAGCAGCAGCAGAAAAAGAGCAGCAACGAUGACGAGGAAGGCAGCAACAAUGUGCUGCUGGAUAUGGAGACUACAUGGGCAGAUCUACAUCUUAGCAGACCUCUGCUAAAGGCAUUAGAUGCAUUAAAUUAUCAUCAUCCUUCUUUUGUUCAAUCUGCUGCUAUUCCUGCUGCACUAAGAGGACGUGAUCUUCUUGUUAGUGCACAAACUGGGUCUGGUAAGACAGCAGCAUUUCUGUUGCCUCUAUUGGAGCGUCUCCUCCAAAGCCCAGGAGUUAAAGCAAGAAAGGCGGUAGGAGGUGUCUCCUUACAGCAGCAGGAAGCAGAACUGCGGCAGCAACCAGACAUUGUUGUUGCUACACCAGGAAGAAUCAUAGAUCUACUCCUUAACUCAGCUAGUACUCAUUUGGAGUUAUUGGAGGUGAUUGUAUUGGAUGAGGCAGAUCGUCUAUUAGAGUUAGGAUUCAGAGAUCAGAUACUGCAGGUACUACGUUAUUGCCAUAGAGGACACCAGACAUUAUUAUUCUCUGCAACUGUCUCCUCAGCUGUCUCCUCCUUAGCCUUACUAGCUCUGCAGUCUCCUUUACAUAUUACCUGUGAGCCCCGCAGCAGCAGCAGUAGCAGCAGCAGCAGCAGUAGCAGCAGCAAGAAGAAGGGACAGCAGCAGCAGCAGCAGCAGCAGCAGCAUCGUGUAUCAUUACCAGAGAAUUUACAGCAGCAAUUUGUUGAACUACAAGAGGAAGAACAUCGAUUAUCUUCUCUUAUUUAUCUUAUUCGUUCUUCUUUUACUCAUAGGCUUAUUGUCUUCUUUCCUACAAAGAAGGAGGCACAUGAUGUAUAUUUGUUGUUUUGUUUGUUGGGGAUUUCUUGUGCUGAAUUACAUGGAGACUUAACCCAACAAAUGAGGAUGGAUUCCUUAAAAAAGUUCGAGGAAGGAGAAGCAGAUGUACUAUUAGCUAGCGAGUUAGCUAGUCGUGGCUUAGAUGUAAAAGAUGUCUCCUUUGUUAUUAAUUAUACACCUCCUAAGGAUAUAGAGAGGUAUGUACAUUCAGUAGGCAGGACAGCACGUAUGGGUCGUGUAGGUAUAGCAGCAACUCUUUAUGUAAGAGACACAACAGAGAGACUUGCUGUUAAGAGACUCCUUGCUGCUAUAGGGCACAAGGAUAAGCAGCAGCAGCAGCAGCAGCAGCAGCAGCAGCAGCAGCAGCAGAAGCAGCAGCAGCAGCAGCAGGAGCAGAAGCAACAGCAGGUCCUAAGGAGAAGGAUUGAUAGCGCUAAGCUUGAGGCUAUAAGGAAGGAGGUCCGGGCAUUAGAUGGUGCAUUAAAGAAGAAGAAGCAAGAGGAGACACUAGAAAGAGAGAUGCGAUUAGCACAAAUGUUUAUUGCUAAGGCUAAUAAUAUACAACAGCAUGCAGAUGCAAUUUAUUCUCGUCCUCAGCGUGAAUGGUUUGAAAGUAAAAAAGACAAAAAGAGAAUUCAAGAAGCAGCAAAGGCAGAGGCAGAGGCUAAGUCUCUACUCAGCAGCAGCAGCAGCAGCAGCAGCAGCACGGAUGCUGCAGCAGGAAAGAAGCAAAAGAAUAAGAAGCAGCAGCAAGAAGAAGAUGAUGAUGAUGAGGAAGAAGAGGAGGAAGAAGAUGACGAUGAAGAAGAAGAGACAACAGAAUCAGGCAGCAGCGGAGACGAAGAUGAGGAAGACGAGGACAGCAAUGAAGAGCUACCUGAUUGGGUAACAGCAGAGGAUGACGGCAGCGACGGCAGCAACAGCAGCAACAGCAGCAACGAGGAAGAGGAGACACCUCGUGCUGCUGCUAAGGUUAAAUUUAAGGAGAUUAAGACAACAAAGGAACAAAAGGCUAAGCUGCAGCAGCAACUGCAGCAGCAGAAGCAGCAGCAGCAGCAGCAACACAAGAAAAGGCCACAGUUAACUCCUAAACAAAAAGAGGAGCGCGAGGCCGCAGAGGCUAAGGAUGGAUCGUGA